GCUACAAGAGCAGCGUUUGUGUGGCGGGAGUUUUCCACAUCGUUGUCAAGGUUGGUUGUUUACAGCGAAAUAAGUGUUGAUCCGUGCAGUAGUUGUGUAAAAUCGACAACGCGAUGGCAAUGAACGGCGAUGAAGUGCAUGGACUGAACGGCGAGACGUUGGCCCCAUCUGAAACUAAACACACCAAUGGCACUACCAGCAAGUCAAAAAUACCCAGCGCAAACGGCGAGACAGACAUCCACACUCCCAAGCAAAAUGGAACUAAGAGAAGAAUCCCAAACGAUACAUUCUCUUUCACUGCCGAACCCACCAUCGAAGACAUACGACGGAUGCAAGCGGAAUUUACUGAUGAGCGAGACUGGAACCAGUUCCACCAACCCCGCAACCUCCUGCUAGCUAUGGUCGGAGAGGUGGGCGAGGUAUCGGAGCUGUUCCAGUGGCGUGGCGAGGUGACGGAAGGACUGCCCGGCUGGACCGACUCCGAGCGCGACCACCUGGCACAUGAACUCAGCGACGUCCUCAUCUACCUAGUUGAGCUGGCUGAGAAAUGUCACAUCGAUUUACCCCAAGCUGUGUUGCGCAAAAUGGCCCUAAAUAGGCUGAAGUAUCCUGCCAGCAAGGUGCGUGGCUCCGCUAAGAAGUACACUGAAUACAACGACUGAGCAAGUGCAUGCUGUCAUGCCCAAGAUGUAUGACUUUCAACCUGGGCUGUAUUCGUUACGGAAAACGUUUAGCGUUUAAGAAGCGAACGAAACGGUGAGGGACCUACCUGAAUUUGUCCAAUAGGAACGCUCGAAUUGGCGUAAUGAAUACACCCCUGCAUUUACAAAGUACACAAGAACUGAAAAUGACUGUUCAACUUCAGUUGAUGGAAAUGGAGUGUUUAUACAACAUUUGAUUUAGGGCACUACUGUAUGUCAAUAGUUGGUCAAACUGCCCUUAGCUGCUUUUAGUUUUAUAAAGUGCGUUUUAAAUCAAUGUUUUAAUUUAACGAUAUGGAUAUUCAUCAUCUUUUGACUUGCCAUUUUUACUGUUCCCCAAAGUCAAAUGUGUAGGCACUUGUAAGAAGUCCAUUUUUAUUUUUCAUAGCAUGAGUAACUACCUUGAACUCUCUUAAAUUCAUAUUGUUGUCAAUGAUCGGCGGAAGAUAUGUUCUUUUGUUGCUUUAAAUUCAAUGCAUGUGUGCAACAAUCUUCCUCCCAAAAAUAAAAGUGCCUUCAACUAUA